UCGUAGCUGCGGCUUCCAUUGGCUUCUAUCUCGGUCCUCCCUGCCCACCUCUUCUUCCCAGUCUUUCCGCUCUCCCCCCCUCGCCCCUUCCCGGCCGUUCCAGGUGGGUGCCAGGCAGCCCUCGACAGCUCCGGCGCGCGGAGGCACCGCUGAGCCUUGCCUGCCUCCCCCGCCAUGAAGAUCCCGCCACCCUUCGCUGGAAGGCGAGUGCCCCGGCGGUGAGCCUUGACCUGCAGCAACCCAGGGGCGUAGGGCGCCCAGGUAAGACAUUUUGUGGCCAGAGGCAGAGCAACCAAUGGUGACGCCCCACAUUGGUAUUUAGUUCCAAAGGGCUUCCAGUUUCCCCCACCGCCAAGGCCUCUUGUCCUGGAGGGGGCUGGAUUUCUGAAGGGACAGUGUGGCGGGUUUGAUGAUUAACCACUUCUGAAAUGGCUGAAAAAGACGGAGGCCUUCAAGCACGCAGAUGGACUCUGCUGAAGGUGGUGGCUGUGAUUGCCAGCGGUGUCUUGCUCUUGGCUGGGAUUGGAGCUGGGAUCUGGGCCAUAGUGGUGUCUGUGUUUGGAAGGGAAGGUGAAAGCCUUUAUGUUGUUCAGGUGAGCUCGGGGGACCUGCGCCUCACCGUGUACGAUGAGAAUGAAGGGAAAUGGAGGCUCCUCUGUUCUUCCUCCUCUGAUGCCCAGGUGGCGACCCUCAGUUGCGAAGAGAUGGGGUUUGUCAGGUCACUUUCUCAUUCGGUCCUGUCUGUUGACAGCGCAGGGGCCAAUGGGACAUUGGGCUAUUUCUGUGUGGAUGAGUCUCGCCUACCUUUUGCACGAAGGCUCAGCGAGGCCAUUGUUGUGUGUGAAUGUCCAUCAGGCCGGUUCCUAGCAACACUCUGCCAAGACUGUGGACGCAGAAAACUACCUGUGGACCGGAUUGUGGGAGGCCAAGAUGCCAGCUUGGGUAAAUGGCCGUGGCAAGUCAGCUUGCGUUACGAUGGGACGCACCUCUGCGGAGGCUCCGUUAUCUCGAACGAAUGGGUUAUUACAGCUGCGCACUGCUUCCCAGAGAGGAAUCGAGUGGUGAGUCGGUGGCGGGUGUUCAUGGGUGCUGUUUCCCAGGUCUCCACUAAGGGGCUGCAGGUGGGUGUGACGAACAUCGUGUACCACGGUACGUACCUGCCCUUCCUGGAUCCCAACAGUGAGGAGAACAGCAACGACAUUGCCCUGAUGCACUUGGCAACACCCCUUUCUUUCAAUGAAUAUAUCCAGCCCAUCUGCCUUCCGGCAUUGGGUCAACCACUGGUGGAUGGCAAGAUCUGUACGGUGACUGGUUGGGGCAACACACAGCAUUAUGGGCAACAGUCAGAUGUCCUGCAAGAGGCCAGCGUGCCCAUCAUCAGCACCAGCGUCUGCAACAGCCCUGACUAUUACGGCAAUCAGAUCAGGCCCAGGAUGUUCUGUGCUGGGUUUGCUGCUGGGGGCAUAGAUGCUUGCCAGGGCGACAGUGGUGGUCCCUUUGUGUGCGAGGAUGGCAUCUCACGGACGUCACGUUGGCGGCUCUGUGGCAUUGUGAGCUGGGGCACUGGCUGCGCCCUGGCCAAUAAGCCAGGUGUCUACACCAAGGUCAAUGACUUCCACGGAUGGAUCUACCGCGCCAUGAAGACUUAUUCCCAUGCCAGCGGGAUGGUGAUCCAGAACUGAGGCCCCGGGAAUCGUGAAGCCAAGCCGCCUCCUUGCCAGCCUCCUGGUGUUGCUGCUUUAAAAGAAGGGGUGGGGGAGAGAGGGGAAUGUUUUAAAGGGAACAAACAGCCACAUUGGACUCUGCACUUCGGCCUGCUCCGACGUGAUGGGGACGAGCCAAGGACAUCGUUGCCAGUUGGUGCGGUCACAGUGUCUCGUUGGCCCUUUCGCCCUGCCAAGACGAUGCCUUUGCUACAUCAGCCUGUGAGAAUGGUGCUUCUGGGCCUUUAAUUGCCCACCCACAAAUGAAUUUCCAGCCUGCUUUCCAGGGCAUUUGAGAUUGGUUCAUGAGAGGUUGCUGCAGGUGCUAACGUUGGUCUAGCUCAUGGCCAGCUUGCCUGCAUUUCUGGGCAACAGCAAUGAAUUUGCUUGGAUUUAAAGGUCCUAGAAAUAGAAUGACCUGUAACUCAGUGGUAGAGCAUCCGCUUUGCAUACAGGAGGUCCCCGGUUCAACCCCGGCCAUCUCUUGGUAUGGCAAGGAAGAAUUGGUGCCUGAAACCUCUGGAGAGCCACUGCCAGUCAGUGUCAGCAGUACUGGGCUCGAUAGACCAAUGGGCUGACUCAGUAUAAGGCAGCUUCCUGGGUUCCCCUAUGUUCCUAAGCAUUAAAUUCUGGCCGGUCAAGUUUCAAAAAUGAUGGCCCAAAUCUGACAUUUUGCCAGAUUUUGGAUUUGUGCAAAAAUGUAAUUUCAGAUCUAGUCAAUAUCUCUGGGGCCAGAAGGUAACCCCCACAAUGGGUUCUCCCAUCACUCUCAAGACUUGGUUUUUGAGAUGUUGGCUCUCGGGCUGUGCUGUCCAGUUUUCUUGUCCACCAUGCUUUAGGGUGGAUUCCUGCAUUGAGCAGGAGGUUGGACUCGAUGGCCUUGUAGGCCCCUUCCAACUCUGCUAUUCUAUGAUUCUAUAAUUCUCUAGGUCAUAGGGUUGUCCAAAAAUCCAGGGAAUUGUAGUGGUCCAGAUCAACAAACCAGUUCUAGUAUUUUGCAUCUCCACUAGAAAUGGAUCUUUUGUAAAGCUAAUGUGGGACUUCAUUGACCAUUCAAGACCAAGCUUUCUCCAAAAUAUGCCCCAUCACAGCAAGGAACAAUCCAGCUGCUGACACCAGCCCUGAAUAUAUGAGCACCCAAUCACGCCGUUCUAAAGCAGCUGUGCUUUUCCAGCAUAUCUGUGCACAGUUGCACAUACUCAUUGAUCCAGUGUUAAUUCAUAAGUUAUUGGCUGGGCUGAUCAGGUACAUUUGAUGUCCUCCUGACUGAAGAAAUAUAUUUUAUGUGCAGGUGGCUGUGGCCAAUACUUCUCUGGGGUCAGGAAGCACCCCAGAACAUUCCUUUAUUAUGUCUUACAUUGUAAAUAGAUGACUAUAUUGGCUCUCUACUGUCCUAUGUGACCAUGGAUCUGUUUGCUCAGAUUGUAUAUAUUUGCAUAAUUAUGAUGAUUUCAAUAAAGAAAGUCUGUUUGGGUUAUA